GUCCUGUUUGAGUUUCCGUAUUCACUCGUCUUCUGUUGCUCUUCUCAUCUUUCAAAAAUUGAUCGUACAAAUGUCCGUUUUAGCAAAUAUAGAUGUUUAAAUUUUAAAUCUGCGGGUUUGUCUUGUAGGACAUAAGCUAGAUUUAUCGUAAAGCUCACGGUUAAAGUUAAAUUCGUAUUAAUUCAUUGACCUUAUUUAGUUUUUGAGUUGUGUUGUUAAGUUACCUGUCCGAUGGGAUUAUUAUGUGGCGCUGUGUGUGGUGUUAUAGUCACCGGUAUAAUAUUAAUAACCGUAUUUAUUUUGCGAUUAUAUGUGACAUUACGACAUGGAUCGGAACAUAAACCAGGACAGAAGAAAGGAUCUCUGUCAGUUCUGGUGGUGGCAGGAUCAGGAGGGCACACGACAGAAAUCAUUCGUCUGAUGGGAGGUUUAUCACAGUCUUAUAAUCCUCGACAUUAUGUGAUAGCAGACACUGAUCAAAUGAGUGAAGAGAAGAUUCGAGUAUUUGAAGCAGAAAGAGAGAAAACAGAUUUACCUCAGUUUUCUCUUCACCGGAUUCCUCGCAGUCGGGAGGUUCGUCAGUCUUGGAGUUCCUCGGUUCGGAGCUCUCUGAGCGCUCUGUUGUCAUCCGUCCCAUUGGUCUUCAGACUGCAGCCGGAUGUGAUACUCUGUAAUGGACCAGGCACAUGUGUCCCAUUGUGUGCUGCCGGCCUCCUCCUUGGCGUCCUGGGUGUGAAAAAGGUUGUGAUCGUCUACGUGGAGAGCAUCUGCCGGGUUGAGACGCUAUCGCUGUCUGGAAAGAUCCUCUACUAUUUUGCUGACUAUUUCUUUGUGCAGUGGGUUCCACUGAAAGACAAAUACCCAAAAGCCAUUUACUUGGGGAGACUAGUUUGAGGAAAACUCAAGCAGCGUGCCGUUCUUAAAUAGCAUUGUUUUUUACUGUGAUGGUGGGAUGCUUUUCAUUUCUAUGCAGUUACUAAAGAGCUGAAUAAACAGCAAGUUUGAUCUCAUGGAUGUUUUCAGUCAAACUGAGAAUGAGCUUAGCUGAGGAGGUGUGCUUAUCAGACCUGUUCUACUUUCUACGCCCGUUUUGAAAACUUGCCAAACCUAAACUGAGAAAUAAAUCUCGCAUACAAAGCUGUUACUAAUUGUUUAUAUUGUACACAUGCAUUGUGACUCCGCAUUCCAAUACAAAUGUUCCUGUUAGUGUUAAAUCUCAAUUUUAAAGAAUUUAAACUUAUGACUGGUUUUGUGGUCCAGGGUCACAUAUUUGAUUUGUAAAUAUGUAUUCGUAAAAUGUUGAGUAAAUGAUAAUAGUAUUUUCGUUUUGUGGUGAACUAAUGGGCAAGUGUAGAUCUUCAUUUUGUUUUAAUAGCAGGAAGGUCCAAAGUUGUCCAAUAUUGCAUUUCAUUGCCAAGCAGAUUAUAAGAGUAAGUUGCACUCUCAGCCUUCAAUAAAAUGUUUAUUUUAGCA